AUGAGUUCUUCAAACGAUCAACAACAAGAAAACUUGAUCAUCAAGUUGUAUCUUUCCAAGGAUCACAUCCGAAGAUUCACUGCACUCCCUUCAUCAACGUUAGAAGACGUGAAGAGCAAAGUCGUUGAAUUUUACCAAGAGUUGGGACAACAAAUCUCCAAUGACAAGUUAGAUUUACAAUAUUGUGAUAGUGAUAAUGAAUGGGCCAUACUCAGAAACGAAGAUGAUUGGUAUUGUUGCAAGGCUAUUUGUUCUCCGAACAUCAAGAUUAGACAAGCCAAUAUGUGGAUGAAGGCUAUUUACAAUUACAAAACACAGCAACAAGCUUUGGUCCAAAAGUUUAACAAGGAAAAGAAGCAACUUGUUUCUAAAGGACAAGAAUUUUGCUCUCAAAUCAAUCAAGAAUUGAAGAAGAUCGGAUCUAACGAAGAAGUUAAGAAGUUUGAAAAGGCAGUUGAAGAUUUCUGUACAAGUGUUGUUGAUUCAAUCACUCCAUUGCUUAAUAAUGCUGCUGAAGCAACAAGUGAUUUAUUUGAAAGUGCUUUCAAAGGAAGACAAUCAGCAAGUGCUUCGGAAUCUUCUUCAACUGAACCAUCAUCAUCUGAUGAACUGAUCCGAGUUACUGAACAUGAAGAAGAACAAGAUCAAGAAGAAGAAAAGGCCUUCGAACAAGCACAGCAAGCUAUCCAACAACCAAUUCAGCAACAACCAGCUCAAAACGAAGAAAACAUUAUUGAACGAUCGGGUUUUAUUUGGGUAAAUCCAACCAACAGCUCGCCAGUUCCAAUUGUGCAACCAACAGUUGAGGAAGUGCCACAACCUACAGAGGUGCCAGCAGUGCAAGAGCCAAUGAUCUCUCAACCAGCAGUGCAACAAGAACCAGUUGCUGAAGAAUCAGUACCAGUUGUUGCUCAACAAGAGGAGCAAUCUCCUGUUGAGACGCCUUAUGCUGAGCAGCUCAAAAUGCUUGAAGUCAUGGGUUUCACUGAUACGACCAAGAACUUACAGUUACUAGACAAACAUAACGGAAAUCUUGCCUUGGUUGUUGAUGAAUUGUUGUAA